UUUACAACCAUUGCAACUGCGUUCAAAAUAGCCGUGCAAUCGAACGAAGUUCCAAUAAAGACCAUCGUGGCCACAUUGCUGUUGUACGGCGUGAAAGAAUUUCUUAACGACAUCAUCUUUUCUUGUCCAGAAGAACAUUUUCAAGUUUACGGCAGUCUCUUCAUCUUCGGCCCGUCUAUUUUCCUCUUCUGUCUUUCGCUGCUGGCUUCUCCUCCUUUUUGGCAAGCUGUCACCGGCUGUUGUCUCCUGAGAUUUCGCGGAAAGAAAUUGUUGUUGAUGAAGGCGAAAAAUAGCGUGUUCGUGGCUUGUUUGCCUCCUCUUAUUUGGUUGAUGUACGCUUUCGUCGAAGAGGACUAUUACGUUUGUGCUAAACUUGGUCCUCCUGACGCAGCACUUGCUAUGGCAAACACAACUGCGCAGAGAGAAGCCGUGAAAAAGGAAUUUACUCAAGCAAAAACGACGUCACAGUUGAUCGCAUGGGGUUUAGUACUAGGUAUAGUUAUUCUUUCCACAAUCUUCGUCACGAUCUACCGCUUGUGCUUGCCAAUUGAUCCAAAACUACUGGGCAAAUACGCUUAUGAGGAAUACGAAGCCGACAAAGCUGUGGCCCUUUUCAACGAAAAAGUAAAACCUCUCGCAGAACAACAAGCGCAAGACCUGAUCGAUGGUUUGUUUGAGACAUACAAGGACAAAGAUCCCGAGGAACAGCUUGCAAUUGUCGAGGAGCAGCUCAAGAAACUAUUCCCGAGACAUGCUGGUGUUUUAACGGGAUCUGUUCGAUCUUACCCAAGUGGAUCAAGACAAGUGUCACCAGCUAUUGCUUCAAAGAAAACAGAGGCAGGGAAUACCAUAGAGUUACGUCCAAUGAUGUCAUAGACAGGAUAAAAUGCCCCCAACCCCCGCGUCCCCAGAAGGGUUACGUUGAAAAUGCUGCGCUUUCCAGGAAAGUCUUUCCCACAAUCUUAGUUGGCUGCAUCACGUAAGGUUGAACCAGUUUCUAUAGCUGUGUGAUUGCUGUUUAAAAACCACCUCAUUUGCACUAAUUAUUUUUUAACCCUUUAACUCUCAAGAUCUGAUUGUUAAUUUUCCUUUUUAGGUGCUACUCAUUUCCUUGUAAAUUAGUCACAGGAAUUUGGUGUUAGAUCAAGAUAACAACUUGUACCUGAUAAGUUUAAGUAUUCUCACUACCUCUCUUCACUGGAUAAUGUAUGGAUAUUAUGGGGAGAAGUUAUAUGUGAAUCCCUUUUAAGAAUUAAGGGGUUAACCCUUAAACUCUUACAAGUGACCAAGACAGAAUUUCUCCUUACAAUAACAAUACAUUAUCAAUCAGGCAAGUGAUGAGAAUAAAGAAAGAUAUAAAUUAAGGGACUAUGUGUUGAUCCAAUACCAAAUUCUCCAAAGAAACAUAAGUAUUGUAUAGAUGACAGUGAGGAGAAUUCUAAUGAGAUCACAGGAGUGAAAUGGUUAAAGUUGGAUGCAGACACCUUUUAUUGGACAGUUCCAUCAGCCAAUCAUCCAGAUACUCUCAAAUGGGAUUCAGGUAAUUGAUUAAAGUAACCAGACAGAAACAACAACUUGGAUCCAAAACUUGGAUGGAUGGAUUUAGUAGAUUAGAGUGUCUCUACUAGAGACAUUUCUGCAGUUAGAACUUAUAUAGAAAAUCCACAGUUGUGAGUUUAAAAAUUAGACUUACUGGCCUUCCUUCAAAUAAGUUUCAUACAUUUUUUCCUCUAAAAUCAUGAAAUUAUAGUAACUGUUAUAAUUGAUUGUAAUAGGACUUCACUCAUUCUGCUUUGUAAUCUUACCUAUGAUUGACCCAUUAGGGCCAAUUAGACCAAUUAGCGCAGUCCCUGCACAUCAAACUCGCACUUUGUGGCUGUCCAAUUUUUUUAAGUCACUUUGAUGGUUACAGACCAAACUUAACCCCACCCAGUCAUGUAGCCAAUGUAAAUCAACUUGAACAUUCAUUUGCAUGUGAAGCAAAUUAUAACAAGAGUGGAAGGAAGUUAUGUCCAGGAAAAUUUGUUUCAUGGAUGAGUUGUCUCACACUCUUCAAACCAUUUACUGUACUCUUCACAUGAAUAAUGCAGGCUAGCAUUCUGGUAUAAAAUUUUUUAAUUCUUUUUAUUAUCAUUUCCUGGAGGUGAUGUGUAUAUUAAUGAAAAUCUCACAGACUUAAUGCAAUAUUACUCACAUCAUUGAAGCAACUCAACUGUGCUCCUUUAAUUUUAAUUGUUUCUUCAGUGUUCUAGAUUAAAAUUGUGUACCACAUCAUGGUGUGCAAUAUGUGUGCAA